AUGGUAAAACAUUGUUGUGUGAUUGAAUGCAAAAGUUUUUGGUAUCCAGGGGGUCCUUCAUUUCACAAGUUUCCAUGUAAACAAGAGAUUUAUGAAAAAUGGAAAAAUAAAAUACCUGUUAAAGGAAACAUCAGUAAAUUUACUUAUGUGUGCAGUAACCAUUUUACUGACAAUGAUUAUACGAGUCAAUCUCCAACCCGACAGUUAAAAAGAGAUGCAGUACCAAGUAUUUUUGGCCAAAAUAAAGAAGCAAAUCAAGCAGUCAAUCAUGCACACUCAUCAGGAGGUCCCGAUAUUAACACUAACCGACAUGAACAUCUUAAUAAGGCAAAUGAAAACGUACAAAACAAUGACUCGGUUGAAAAUUGUCAGACUAAUAUUUUAUCCAAUUCGAGUUGUAAAAAGAACAAUCAAGUGAAAAAAAGGGUUGCGCUAUCAGACUUGGACCUUUCGACAAUCCAUUGGCCAUGCCAAAAGAAAAUUAAAAUUUUGCAGAACAAAAUUUAUCGCCGAGAACAGAAAUUGCGAAAAAUUGAAGACGUACUUUCUGUAUUGAAACACCAAAAAGAUGAUUGGACCGAUCAAUUGGAAAAUAUCCUUUUAAAUAAGUUCGGUACUGAAAAUUUCCGUAAAGAACUUAUUGAAAACGAAAUUGGCAAUGCCUCUUGCUCUAAAACUAAAAAACACUAUAGUGAACAAAUGAUUCAAUUUGCAUCUACAAUUUGUUUUUAUUCACCAAAAGCAUACCGUUAUUUACGCACAAAAAUGACAUUACCACAUGAAAGUACACUUCGCAAAAAAAUAGCUGAAACUAGUUGUGAGCCGGGAUUCCUUGAUAGAGUUUUUACAUUUUUGCAAGUUGAAUCACUAAAGUCACAUUAUGUGAAAGAUGUUGCUCUGAUAAUUGAUGGAAUGUCUAUCAGGUCGAAUUUGUCUGUAGAUAACAAAGAAAAUAUAGAAGCAAGUGACUGCAUUCGUGGAUAUGUUGAUUACGGUUAA